GAUGGCAACGACAUUGUUGAUACUGGUCUGUGCGCGCCAAAUCGCUUCUCCAAAACCCAGUGCUAUGAUAAAUGAAAAGUAAUAUGCCAUCAGAAAAGCAGAGCAAGGAGAAGAAGGAAAGGGGAAAAAGAAGAAGCAGGAAUAAGGACAAUGAAGACAGUGAAAAGGAAAAGGAAGCUCCACCUUCUGAAUCAGAAAAGGAUAAGGAAGAGGUAGAGAAUGUUGAGUUGCACGACGAAGAGGAGGAAGAGGAAGGGGGAAUUCGUAUAGGAGAUAUAUAUCUCCCUCCUCCACCACCACCCGCUUGCACUUUUGAUAGCACUGGCCCACGUUUAGUUAUAACACACAUUGAGAACGAGUUCUUUAAGAGUUAUGCUGGUCGACAGGUUCUUGGACCAUUCCACAAGAGUUUCACAUCCAUUGUUGGACCAAAUGGAAGUGGAAAAAGUAACGUUAUUGAUUCCAUGUUAUUUGUGUUUGGGUAUCGAGCUCAAAAAAUUCGUUCGAAGAAGAUAUCCGUGCUUAUACAUAAUUCUGAAGCACAUCCAAAUGUUGAGAGCUGCACAGUAGCUGUCCAUUUUCAAAAGAUUAUUGAUAAAGGAGAUGACUUUGAAGUUGUUCCUGAUACUCAUUUUGUUGUGUCAAGGACAGCUUUUAGAGAUAAUUCUUCAUUUUAUCAAAUGAAUGGAAAGAGAUGUCAAUUCAAGCAGGUAGCCAAGGAGUUGCGAGCUUUUGGAAUUGACCUUGACCAUAACCGUUUUCUUAUUCUUCAAGGAGAAGUUGAACAGAUUGCUAUGAUGAGGCCUAAAGCACUCACUGAGCAUGACACAGGUAUGCUCGAGUUUUUAGAAGACAUAGUUGGUUCUUCAAGAUUCAAAGAGCCUAUUGAAAAACUGUUUAAAAGGGUUGAGGAACUCAAUGAAGCCAGGGGAGAAAAACUGAAUCGUGUCAAACUUGUUGAAAAGGAAAAGGAUGAACUGGAAGGUCCAAAAGAUGCUGCAGUAGAGCACAUUAAGAUGGAAAAUGAUAUGACCCGGAAAGUUCAUGUUCUGUACCAGCAUAAUUCCCUCGAUUGUGCUCGCAUAAAACAAGAAGCAGAAGAAAAGAAAAAGGCCAUUGAUGAAGGUAUGAGUGAUGUGAAGAAAAAACUUGAGGAGAUUGAAGCUAUAAGAACUGAGAAAGCUGAAGAGAUCAAGAAAAUUGGUAAGAACUUGGAGAAAAUCAGUAAAGUAAAGGAGGAAUGCUCUGAAAAAUUCAAGGGACUUGAAAGUGAAGAUGUGAAGUUACAGGAAGAUCUCAAGCAUAAGAAUCAGAAAAGAAAGAAGACAAUUGCUUUGUUGAAAACGGAGAAGGACAAGCUGGAAGAACUGCUCCAAGUACCUGAGAAGAAUGAAAAAGAUAUUACAGAGUGUGAGAAGCUUCGUGAGGAUUUAGAAAAGCAAAGGAAGAAGGAAGAGGAGGCGUACCAUAAAGCUAUGACUACACUUAACUCAGAAACACAGCAGCUUCAGGAUGAAAAAGCGAAGUUUGAGACAAAGCUCAUCGAUUUACGUAAAGUUGUGGAUGAAACAAAGAGUGUUGUAGAUAUUGCGCAAUCAGAGUUGGAUAUUUACUUGAGCACAGAGCGUAAUGAGCAGAAGAAACUUGAUCAGAUCAAUACCGGUUUGGAGAAGGCUAAGGAAACAAUAGCAAGCAAGAGUGAAGAAAUGAAGAGAUUGGAGAAAGAAAUUCCCCAGAAAGAAAAACAACUCAAAGAAAGUACACAACGACUUCAGCAACUGCUUCCCGAGCAGCAGAGGGUGGAAGAAGAAUUGCGAACUCUCCGUUUAAAAUUGGAUGAAAAGAGAAGUGCGAUGCAGUCGUGUCGUUCUCGUGGUAGAGUUUUAGAUGCCAUAAUGGAGCAGAAAAGAAAUGGAAACAUUCCUGGUAUAUUUGGACGUCUCGGUGAUUUAGGUGGCAUCGAUGAAAAGUAUGAUGUUGCAGUUAGUACAGCAUGUGGAGCAUUGGACAAUAUUGUUGUAGAUUGUGUAGACAGUGCUCAGCAAUGUAUCAACUUUCUAAAGAAGAAUGGUAUAGGGACUGCUACUUUUAUAGCUUUAGAUAAGCAAGAAAGAUGGAGGGCUCAGUGUGAAAGACGCAUGCAGACUCCAGAAAAUGUACCACGUUUAUUUGAACUCAUAAGAAUGAAUGAUGAGAGAGUUAAAACUGCAUUCUACUAUGCAUUGCGAGACACACUUGUUGCAAAUGACAUGGACCAGGCUUCUCGCAUUGCCUAUGGAAAAGUUCGUCACCGUGUAGUCACUUUGAAAGGAGAACUGAUUGAAACGUCCGGCACGAUGAGUGGUGGCGGCCGCUCGGUGAAUCGUGGUCGCAUGGGUAAGCAGGCUGCCAUAGUUAAUAUUGAUCCAAGAGAAAUAGAAGGAGUAGAGACCACAGUUGAUCAGCUUACUCAACAGUCUGGGCAGCUCCGGAAAGAAAGGGCUGAACUUGACAACUUGAUCAGCCAGCUCUCAAGAGAUAUAAAGAUGAUGAAAUCUGAUCAUGAAAGACAUAAAAUGGCUAUUGAGGCUGCUGAACAACAGUUCAAAUCUUUCAAAGAACAAAUCAAAGUCCAAGAAGAAAAGGUCAAGUCUGUUAAAUCAGAUCCAGUUCAAGUGAAAAGCAUGGAAAAAGAUAUCGGUGAGAAGGUCAAAGUUUACAAGAAAGCUGCAUCAUCUGCCCAGGAGGUAGAAACUGAAGUCUCAAAAAUCCAUGCACAGAUUGUUGAAGUAACUGGUGGCAAGAUGAAAGGUCUAAAGAAAGCUUUGGAUACUGCUACGAAGAAGCUGGAGAAAGUCAUUGCCGAAAUUACUCGUCUUCAGGUAGCGAUUAAGACGGCUAAACGUAACACCAAGAAGACAGAGGAGAAGAUCGCUACCUUGGAAUCAGAAAUUAAGGAAUUAGAAGAUGAACUUAAGGGAAUGCAAGAAAAAAGGCAAGCAAUUGAAGAUGCAGCAAGUUUGGUUUUAAAGAAUUUGCAGGAAGUAACUCAAGAAGAGUUGGAGCUUAACGAACAUUUAAGCGAACUGAAAGGUGAGCAUGAAGAGAUUGUCAAAAAAGAAAACAAAAUUAAGGCAAGCCGAAUUGAAAUUGACCAAGAAUUGGAAAAGUAUGAUGGUAUUAUCAAGGAAAACAAAGCAAAAAUGGCACAUUGGAAGAAAUUGAUGAAUCGCUUACAACUAUCUGAGAUUCCCCUUGAAAAGGAUAAAGAGGAAGGGGAAUUGGCAAUAUUAGAUGAAGCUGCCCUUGAUGAAGUUGAUAUAAAGCAGUUGAAAUAUCAAAUAACUGUCUUGGAAGACAAACUUGCUCAAUCCAAACCUAAUUUAGCAGCUGUUCAAGAGUACCACAAAAAGGAAGAAAUUUACUUACUACGUGUAGCAGAGUUAGAUGAAAUCACAAGAAAGAGAGAUGAGCAGCGAAAAUACCACGAAGAUCUACGAAAACAGCGUUUAAAUGAAUUCAUGGCUGGUUUUACAAUUAUUUCUAACAAGUUGAAAGAAAUGUAUCAGAUGAUCACUCUAGGAGGUGAUGCAGAGCUGGAAUUGGUUGACUCUUUAGAUCCAUUCAGUGAGGGAAUAGUUUUCAGUGUUCGUCCUCCUAAAAAAUCAUGGAAAAACAUCACAAAUCUAUCUGGGGGUGAGAAAACCUUGUCAUCACUUGCACUGGUAUUUGCACUUCAUUACUAUAAGCCAACACCACUCUAUGUUAUGGAUGAAAUUGAUGCUGCGUUGGACUUCAAAAACGUAUCCAUUGUUGGCAAUUAUAUCAAGGAGCGUACCAGGAAUGCCCAAUUCAUCAUCAUCUCCUUGCGUUCACAAAUGUUUGAGCUGGCAGAUAGACUGGUAGGAAUUUACAAGACAUAUAAUGCCACUAAGUCUGUCACUAUUAACCCUAAUAAGUAUGUAAAUGCAGGACCAACUACUGAGAAAACAAAUGGUGCCUUGAAUCAGACAGCAAUUAUUCCUCCUGUGUUAACUGAAAGUAGAGGCUAAUUAGAAAGAUAAAAUUUAAUUGUAUAGUUUUAUGACUGAAUUUUCUUUAUAGUGUAUAGUUUUGUAGCUUUUCAUUUUCAUGGUGUAUAGACAUAAUAAAUAUAUGACUUUUA